AUGGCAUUAUUCUCAGAACUGGCUGAUCCACUUCUUCAAGGAGACUUCCCAACCAGAAGUUUGAAUCAGGCUGUUGCUGUUGCUGCUAUGUGCCUACAAGAGGAUGCAUCAGUUCGUCCCCUGAUCAGCGAUGUGGUCACCGCUCUCAGUUUCCUUGGGGUCGGACCAGCCACUGGCCUGGCAUCUCCUAUUUCGGCUUCUUCUCCGCCAUCUGAUCAUGAUAGAAUGACAGAGACAACUAAAAACCAUCAGAGCCAAGUUAGUGCAAAUGAACGCCAAAGAGCUGUAGCAGAAGCCAUAGAAUGGGGUUCAAACUCAAGAGGCCACAAGCACAUAUCAGUGGCAUCAAUUGGCAGUUCAGUGUGA